AUGGCGGCAGUGCGCGUACCUAAGGAGCCCCUGGUUGCCGUCAUGGGCACCACCGGCACUGGAAAGUCCGAUCUGGCGAUAGACUUGGCCCUUAGAUACAAUGGAGAGAUCAUCAAUGCCGAUGCCAUGCAGAUGUACCGGGGGCUUCCUGUUAUCACCAACCAGAUCUCCACCGAAGAGCAGCGCGGCAUCCCGCAUCACCUACUAGCCAAGAUUGAUCCACUUGAACCGACAUGGACCAAUGGGCUGUUCGCGCGGGAAGCGAACAAGCUCAUAAGAGACAUCCGUAGCAGAGGGAAGCUGCCCAUUGUGGUCGGCGGCACUCAUUACUACAUCCAGUCGCUCCUUUUUGUGGGCAACCUGGUCGAAUCAAGCAGCAAAGAGUCGGACGACACUACUUACCGCCUCGAAGAAGAAAACACUACUCAGUUUCCCAUUCUCAAUACGCCUACUAAUGUGAUGUUGGAAAGACUCCGACAGGUCGAUCCCUCAAUGGCUGACCGCUGGCACCCAGAUGACCGACGUAAGAUCCGGCGUUCGCUGGAGAUAUACCUUACAACAGGCAAGCGGGCAUCAGAUAUAUAUGCUGAACAGCAGCAAGCGAAAGAUGCUUCCGCCCCUAAGAGAGGCCCCUGGGAGUCGCUGGUUUUCUGGGUAUACACCGAGCCUGAGGUGUUGAAAGAGCGACUCAACAAGAGAGUAUCUAAGAUGGGCGAGGCUGGACUAAUGGAUGAAGCCAGAGGCCUACACAAUAGACUCCUCCAGCGCGCCGACCAGGGGGAAGCUAUCGAACGUACCCGAGGCAUAUGGCAAUCCAUUGGGUAUAAACAGAUGGAGCUAUUCCUCGAGGGUGAAAAAAGAGGAGAGUCUCAACAGUCUCUAGAGAAGCUGAAAGAGACAGGCCUAGAAGAGAUGAGGUCUGCAACCAGACAGUACGCGAAGUACCAGCUUCGAUGGAUUCGCCACAAGUCGAUUCCAGCGUUCAGAGAACACGAUGCCAUGGAUCUCCUGUAUUUGCUAGAUAGCACUGAUGUGCAGAAGUUCUCUCACAAUGUUCUCGAGCCAGCUGCAGAGAUUUGCGGUCGUUUCCUUGAGGGUAAGGAAUUGGCUAAACCUGCUAAACUUUCUACCACGGCAAGAGAAGUCCUGGCCUCGUUCGAGACGAGCGAGACGUCAUCCAAGCCCAUGUUCAAGGUCAAACUUUGCGAGGCAUGCAAUAUGAGUCUCCCAACGGAGGAUCAAUGGAUCAAGCACAUCAAUGGCAGAAGGCAUCGCCGUGUCCUUCACAAGAAGAAUCAUACUGCUCUCGUACCAAUCGAGACGGAAACUCCCUGUUGA